AUGGCCCUGAAGACUGGUACCAAGAAGCUCACCAAGAAGGAGAUUCUGCUGCACGUCCUGAACUACAUUCAGUUCCUCCAGAAAAGCAUCGAUGUGGCCAAGGCCCUGCUUGAGCUCCACACCACGGCUGGGAAAGGUGGACUCGGGGGGCUGGGUCAGAACCCCACCGAGGGCCCAGCAAGGUGGAGAUACUCCACCCCGUCGAGCUCCCUGCACUCUCAUAAGUCCCGUCUUCGGGGAGCCUGCCAGAAACCUCGGAAGAAGAAGCUGGCCCGAGCCUCAGAACGCCAGACCCGGGCCCAGAACCCUCGUCGCUGUCUGGCCCUGGACAAGCCCAAGAAGCAGGCGACCCCAUCCCCAGACCGGAAGGGAGGAAAUGGUUACGGAAGAGUAUGCACGACGACUACCACCACGCUGGCCUGGCGCGCCGUGUACUUGCCUGCUAGCGUCCGCAUCAGCAUCGCUAUUCAACUUAAGGAUUUUACCUUCCUGAAAGCUUCUGGCUGCUGUGGCAAAAACGCUGCCCAGGGUGUGGACCUCGCGUCCCCUGCCUUCGAGGCCCAGCAAGGGCUUGAGAGGAUCCACCUCCUCACCAAGACCCAGGCCAGUCCCAGGCAGAAGCUGGUGUUCUACGAUCCCAGCGAGGAGGUGGACAAGGAGUCCCCAGAUGCUGACCCUUGGCUUCCUGCCUGGAGCCCAGAGGGCUGCCCCCAUGGGAGCCCACUGGCCUUGGGGCCUCCCCAGAUUGACAACUGGAGUCUGACAGGCCACCCGAGCGAGAUCCUGGGGCUCAGGCCCUCCCUCUUCAGCUCUCCGGGGAAACUGCUGCCAGAACAGAUCCUGGAGGAUGGCCCUGAGGACCUGAGCCAAGCUCUCUUUGCAGAAGCGUACUUAGAUCCUGCGUCUUCGCCUUCUGCCUGCGGGCUCCAGGGGCCAGAGAAGGACACCCCCCCAGGGGGCUCCGAAGACCCUCCCGACUCCCACAGCCUGUGCCAGUCCUCCUUCUCACUGGACCACUGCUACCUCUCACUGAGCGAGAACAGCAGGGCCCUGUCCAGCCCCAGCUCGGAGGCCACCGACACCGACACCGACUCGGACACAGACUCUGAGCGGAGGCCGCAGGAGGGCGCUGAGGCCGACCGCGAGGGCCCACCGUCCUCCAGCAACGAGGACGAGGACGGGGACUACACGUGGACGCCCACCCGUCGGGCCACAGCCCUGCCGGCAGCCGGGAGGAAGGCCAGGAAGGGCCGGGCAGGCAGGGGCCCUGUGAGGCCCAAGGAGAGCAAGAAAGCCCCCUGCCCCCCCCAGACGAAGAAAAAGUGUGUCAACGGCUUCAUUAUGUUCUGCAGGAUGAACCGGAAGCAGUACAUCCGGUGGCUGACACAGUCCUCAGCCACGCUCUCCCCGCGUCCCCCGGCCCAGCUGCCCUGGUCAGGCCUGUGCCCUUCCAGCUCCCUUCUCUGCCACUUCUGCUUCGGGGCCACGAAAGAGAGGCCUUCCUACCAGGCCAGCUUGGAGGAACAGGCAGGCUGCCUUCUCGGAGCCUGCCCCGGGACCGCUUCCACAGCUGCCACCAAGGAGCUGGCCCAGCUCUGGCGGGUGAUGACCCUGCAGGAGCGGAGACCUUAUUGCAUCAAAGCACGAAGGUUCAGCCGCCAGCAUAACCGGAUCGUGAAGCAGGACAGCUCCAGCAGCGAGGACGAGGACUGGGAGACCCCCAAGCCCUUCUACCAGCUUCUGGCAGAGAAGGCCCGCUGCUCCCCGGCUCCAGCCCCUCCGCUGCCCCCUCAUCAUGUGUGA